UCCUAGCUUCUUACUUUCCUAGAAUCAAUUCUACACCCUCAAUUCUAUUAAUUCCAUCCCUGCCCUCAUUAAUUUUUCUAACCCUUCUCCAACCGAAUUUUUUCUUUCUGCAGUCUUAUUAAAAUAAAUGUUGGUGAAGAGAAUAACAUUUAUUUUCUGCAGUCUUAACUCUCAAUUCUAUUAAUUCCAUUCCCCCUUCACAGUCCACUUUUCUCAACCAUAAUUCAACCACCCUUCCCAAAUUUAAUCCAAAAAUUUAUUACCAUCAGCUUAUAUAACAACAUCAUCUCCUACAAGGAAAAAUUGUGGUGAAGAGAACAACAAGAAGAAAAAAUUCUGCUCAAAAGAUAACAACAACAACAAGCAUUAUGGCUACGCAAAGGAAAGUUUCCGCGGAUCCUCCUUCAAGUAAUGAUAAAGUUCAAAGAUCUAAAGCUAGUUGGACGGAUCUUAAAGUGAAUGAAAUAUUCAUCCAAACAUGUUUGGAUCAAGUUAUCAAGGGUGAACGCAUUGGCACCAGCUUUACUAAGAAAGGGUGGAAAAACAUUGUUUGCCAAUUUCAUGAAUCAACUGGGAGAGAUUAUGACAAGAAUCAAUUGAAGAAUAGGUAUGAUACCUUGAAAAUGGAAUGGAGAGUAUGGUUUGACCUAUUUGGAAAAGUUACCGGAAUGGGGUGGAAUAAUGAAAGGAAUACCUUUGAUGCACCAGAUGAGUGGUGGGAGAAUAAACAAUUGGAAAAUCCUCUCUAUGGAAAAUUUAGAGAGAAAGGACUUCCAUUUGCUCAUGAACUAACCACACUUUUUAAGGGUGUGGUGGCUAACGGGGAGCAUGCUUGGGCACCUUCAAGUGGCAUAUUGCCCAAUGAGGACGGUGGUAUUGAUGUUGGUGAUUUUGGUCCAGGCCAAAAUAAUAUUGACUUGGAUGUGGGAGAAGGAUCGGGUGAUAGUGAAGAUGCGAGUAUUGGAGCAACAGGAGAAUUUGCAAAUAUUAAUUUGAAUAUUUCACAAGGAGAUGCUAGCCGAAGUAGUGGACAAAAGAGAAAGAGAGUCCGUGGUGUUGAUAAGAAAACCAAGAAAAAGACAACUCCCGCAUUGGCAAUAGCUGAAGCUGUGAAAGAGAUUGCUGAGACAUGUAAGGCGAGAAAUGAUGUUAUAAAUAAUGCAUCUAUUGGUGUAGUGAUGGCUGAGCUCCAUAGCAUGGAUGAAAUAACAAGUGAUAUAGACUUGUUCAUGAAAUGCUGUCAACUAAUGAUGUACAAGCCAGCUAGGGAGAUGUUUGUUUCCUUUGAAGGUUUUAAGGAUAGAAGAUUGGAUUGGCUUAAGCAUGCAGCAAAUAACCCUUUGCCAUUUAUGAAGAUGUAACUGUUUCGGAGCAAACUUAAGUUUUAGGAGUUAACUUAUAUUAGGAGUAAGCUUAAGUAUGAAUGCUAUAAGUAUUAGGAGUAAACUUAAGUAUGAAUCUGCUAUAAGUAUUAGGAGUAAGCUUAAGUAUGAAUUUUCUAUAAGUAUUAGGAGUAAGCUUAAGUAUUAGGAGUGAUCUUAUAUUAGAAGUUAUCUUUAAUGAUGUGGAUCCUUUUAGAACUUGCACCGUAAUAUGUAAUAUAUAAUUUGAAAUUUGAAUGAAGUGGAUCCUAUUAUGUGUU